AAAUUGAUUCUCGCAACGCCGCAGCUUCCCGGUCAGACGAAUUUCUCCCAAUCGGAUGAAGUUGACCCUGGGCUUGGGGUCGCGGGCCUGGAGAGUGUCGUGGGAGCGGGAGGCGGCGGCAGACCCCCGGGCAGACGGCGGGGUGCUGGGCAGCGGCGCACUGCGCUUUUCCAGCCCGCGGCCCGGCCGCCGCGGCUCUAGGCUCGCGCGCGCCCUCCCUCUAUGCCUCUCCGGCGGUGGCGGCGCCCGAGCUCUCCCGGACUGCGCCGGGCCCAGCCCCCGCCGUUCCGGCGUCAGGCAGCUGGCCCGCCCGCGCGCUAUGGAGCAGACGUACGGCGAAGUGAACCAGCUGGGUGGCGUGUUUGUCAACGGCCGCCCGCUGCCCAACGCCAUCCGAUUGCGCAUCGUGGAGCUGGCACAGCUGGGUAUCCGACCCUGUGACAUCAGUAGGCAACUCCGUGUCUCCCACGGCUGCGUGAGCAAGAUCCUGGCGCGGUAUAACGAGACGGGCUCCAUCCUACCCGGGGCCAUCGGGGGCAGCAAACCGCGCGUGACCACCCCCAAUGUAGUCAAACACAUCCGGGACUACAAGCAAGGAGACCCUGGCAUCUUUGCCUGGGAGAUCCGCGACCGGCUACUGGCCGACGGAGUCUGCGACAAGUACAAUGUGCCCUCGGUGAGCUCCAUCAGCCGCAUUCUGCGCAACAAGAUCGGCAGCCUGGCGCAGCCCGGGCCCUAUGAGACAAGUAAGCAGCCGCCACCGCAGCCUGCGCUGCCCUACAACCACAUCUACCAGUACCCCUACCCUAGCCCAGUGUCGCCCACGGGCACCAAGAUGGGCAGCCACCCCGGGGUCCCCGGCUCAGCAGGCCACGUCAGCAUUCCGCGUUCAUGGCCCUCGGCACAUUCGGUCAGCAAUAUCCUGGGCAUCCGGACGUUUAUGGAGCAAACAGGGGCGCUGGCCGGGAGCGAAGGGGCCGCCUACUCCCCCAAGAUGGAAGACUGGGCCGGGGUGAACCGCGCAGCCUUCCCAGCCACACCUGCAGUGAAUGGGCUUGAGAAACCUGCCUUGGAGGCGGACAUAAAAUACACUCAGUCGGCCUCUGGCCUCUCAACAGUGAGCGGCUUCCUUCCGGCCUGCGCCUACCCCGCUUCCAACCAGCACGGAGUGUACAGCGCGCCCGGUGGCGGCUACCUCUCCCCCGGCCCGCCCUGGCCACCCGCGCAGGGACCGCCGCUGGCGCCUCCUGGGGCUGGAGUGGCGGUGCACGGCGGGGAGCUCGCGGCAAUGACCUUCAAGCAUCCCAGCCGAGAAGGAGCCGACCGGAAGCCCCCCAGCCCAGGCAGCAAGGCCGCGGAAGCGCUCGGGAGCUUGCACGGACUGCCCAUCCCGGCCUCGACCUCCUAG